AUGAUAAAUUACCACGACGUUCGUUAUAAAAGAACACUUUGCAAAAACUUUUAAACAACUGGGUAAUGUGUUAUGGGAAUAAGAUGUCAUUUUGCUCAUGGAUAAGAAGAAAUAAGAAAUCCAGCAAUUGAUCCAUUAGUAUAGUAUCCUGCUUUAGCAGCCUUAAUGUAAAAUCCAGCAGCUUUGUCUAGUAAGUUAGUUAGAUGUAAAUAUAAUGAUAUUGGUUCUUGUAAAUACGGAGCUUCGUGCCAUUAUUCUCAUGAAAUAACUAAGCUUAAUAUUGCAAGUGAAUAUAUGGCUAUUGUAUAAAGAGCAGCUGAAAUAUUAGCUGUCUAAAAUGUAUAAGGAUGCUCUUAAUUAUUAAAUGAAGUUAUAAACAGAACUGAUUGCUCACCAGAAGAAAAAAAAUAAUACGAAUAAAUAAUUAGCUAAGCCUAAUAAUUAGCUGUAAAUUUAAUGACUUAAUUUUCAAGUCCUUAAUAAUAAUAAUUAUAACAAUAACCAUUAUAAUAAUAAAUAUGA